GGGCUGGCGACGGCGACAGCGACGGCGUCGGAACUCACUGGAAGAUCGGCCCCGGGCGGCUCAACAGUUCUCAAAGUCCGGGCUCGCGGCCGCGCGGCUCCGUCUGCGCGCGGGCGAUCCAGGGGCGCAGGGGUCCCCGGACUGCUUGCAUCCCGGGGCUGCCUUGGACAUGCCUCGCACCCCCUGCCGGACGUCCGCGCGGCUCCACCCGCUGCGAUCCUGGAGACUCAGGGUCUAGAGCGCCGCCCACCCCAAUUUAUGACUCCGGGGUCCCCCAGCCCGAGAGGAACAGGCGUCCCGGCUGGGGGAGCCCCGGGUAUGGUGUGACGGGGCGAUCAGCUUUGCUGCGCCCCUCCUGCCGGCUCCGGCCACUCGGGGUCUCUGUGCCCUCCAGAGUGUAGCUGUUCUCUCCUCGUCCCCUCGGACUCCAGCCGCAGUCUCCGCGACCUCCGGGCUCCAGCCGCCAACUCCUUGUCCCUGGGGACCCCGCCGCCGUCUCCGCCUUGCCGGGACUCCAGCCGCUGUCUCCGCGUCCUCUGGACUCCAGCCGCCGUCUCUGCGCGUAGCCGACUCCAGUUUCGCGACCCCCUCUGUCUUCGCGCGCCCGGGAAUCUAGCAUUGGUCUCCGCGAUCCUCCCCAGGAUUAAGGCACGGUUUCCGUGCCCUCCAAACCUAGACUCCAGCCUUCUUCUCCAGGUCUUCCCGGAUCCAGCCCCUGUCUCGGCAUCCCCCCGGCGACCUCCCACCCCCAGCUCCCAGACCCAGACUCCCAGCCGUGAUCUCCGCGCUCCCGGGAUCCAGCUGUCGCGCCAGUGCCGGCGAGUGCCGCGGCUGUCCCACCGCGCGCCCCGAUUCCGCCCGGGCCUCGGCGGGGAGAUGAACGCGCCGCUGGACGGCCUGUCGGUGGGCUCGUCCUCCACCGGCUCGCUGGGCUCGGCGGCCGGGGCGGGCGGCGGCGGGGGCGCGGGGCUGCGACUGCUGUCUGCCAACGUGCGCCAGCUGCACCAGGCGCUGACCGCGCUGCUGAGCGAGGCGGAGCGGGAGCAGUUCACGCACUGCCUGAACGCCUACCACGCGCGCCGCAACGUCUUCGACCUGGUGCGCACCCUGCGCGUGCUGCUGGACAGCCCGGUCAAGCGGCGCCUGCUGCCGAUGCUGCGGCUGGUCAUCCCGCGCUCCGACCAGCUGCUCUUCGACCAGUACACGGCGGAGGGCCUCUACCUGCCCGCCACCACCCCCUAUAGGCAGCCCGCCUGGGGCGGCCCCGACGGCGCGGGGCCCGGGGAGGUGCGUCUGGUGAGCCUGCGGCGCGCCAAGGCCCACGAGGGCUUGGGCUUCAGCAUCCGCGGGGGCUCGGAGCAUGGCGUGGGCAUCUAUGUGUCGCUGGUGGAGCCGGGCUCUCUGGCCGAGAAGGAGGGGCUGAGAGUCGGGGACCAGAUUCUGCGUGUCAACGACAAAUCCCUGGCCCGAGUGACCCACGCUGAGGCCGUCAAGGCUCUCAAGGGCUCCAAGAAGCUGGUGCUAUCUGUGUACUCAGCGGGGCGCAUCCCCGGCGGCUACGUCACCAACCACAUCUACACCUGGGUGGACCCCCAGGGCCGCAGCAUCUCGCCGCCCUCAGGCCUGCCCCAGCCCCACGGCAGCGCCCUGCGGCAGCAUGAGGGUGACCGGAGGAGCACCCUACACCUCCUGCAAGGCGGGGAUGAGAAAAAGGUGAACCUGCUGCUGGGGGACGGCCGGUCCCUGGGCCUCACCAUCCGCGGGGGAGCGGAGUACGGCCUGGGCAUUUACGUCACCGGCGUGGACCCGGGCUCCGAAGCAGAAGGCAGCGGGCUCAAGGUCGGGGACCAGAUUCUGGAGGUGAAUGGGCGGAGCUUUCUCAACAUCCUGCACGACGAGGCGGUCAGGCUGCUCAAGUCAUCCCAGCAUCUCAUCCUGACCGUGAAGGACGUCGGGCGGCUGCCCCACGCCCGCACCACCGUGGACGAGACCAAGUGGAUCGCCAGUUCCCGGAUCGGGGACGCUGCCGCCAGCUGCUCAGGGUUUCCUGGGGAUCUCACAGCAGAAGGGACCAACAAGCUGGGGUUUUACAAGGGGCCAGCCGGCUCCCAGGUGACCCUGAGCAGCCUGGGCAACCAGACGCGGGGGCUGCUGGAGGAGCAGGCGCGGCACCUGCUGACCGAGCAGGAGCGUGCCACCCUGGCCUAUUACCUGGAGGAGUACCGCGGCGGCAGCGUGUCCGUGGAGGCCCUAGUCAUGGCCCUGUUCGAGCUGCUCAACACCCAUGCCAAGUUCUCGCUCCUCUCCGAGGUGAGAGGCACCAUCUCCCCCCAAGACCUGGACCGCUUCGACCACCUGGUGCUGAGACAGGAGAUCGAGUCCAUGAAGGCGCGGCAGCCCCCGGGUCCUGCAGGCGGGGACACCUACUCCACGGUCUCCUACAGCGACACGGGCUCGUCCACACGCAGCCACGGCACCUCCACCACCGUCAGCUCGGCCAGGGAGCGACUGCUGUGGCUCAUAGACCUGAUGGAGAACACUCUGGACCUGGAGGAGACCGGGGAGGCCGUCCAGGGCAAUGUGAACACCCUCUCAGACGUUUCUCUGGAUGAUGUCAAGUUCACCUCCAAGGGGCUGCCUAGCUACAAGCCACCGCCUCCCCCGCCCCCUCUGACCCAAGGCCACGACCACCUCCUCAUCCAGCCGAGGAAGCCGGGCAGAGAGGACCUCCAGCCGCCUUCCUCCGCAUCUUCCCACUCGGGCAUCGUCUUCUCGGCUCCGCGGAACUGCAGCCCGCCAGCGGGCACCGCUCCUGUGCCGGAGGCCCCCACGGCACAGGACUCACCCUCCUCCCCCCUCUAUGCCUCCAUCUCCCCGGCCAACCCGGGCUCCAAGAGGCCGCUGGACACCCACCUGGCCCUGGUCAACCAGCACCCCAUCGGCCCCUUCCCGCGGGUCCAGUCACCCCCGCACCUGAAAAGCCCCCCCGCAGAGGCCACGCUGGCCGGCGGUGGCCUUCCCCCACCCUGCCCCUCCGGCCGCCCGGACCAGGCGGGCACGCACCAGCAUUUUGUCCUGGUGGAGGUGCACCGCCCGGACAGCGAGCCGGAUGUGAAUGAAGUGAGGGCGCUGCCCCAGACACGCACCGCCUCCACACUCUCCCAGCUCUCAGACAGCGGGCAGACGCUGAGCGAGGACAGCGGCGUGGACGCUGGCGAGGCAGAGGCCAGCGCCCCAGGCCGAGGCAGACAGACCGCGUCCACCAAGAGCAGGAGUAGCAAGGAGACGCCUCGGAACGAGAGGACCCCUGAGGGGGCCACCAAACCUCCCGGGCUCUUGGAGCCCACGUCCACCCUCAUCCGCGUGAAGAAAAGUGCGGCCACCCUGGGCAUCGCCAUCGAGGGUGGUGCCAACACCCGCCAGCCCCUGCCUAGGAUCGUCACGAUUCAGCGAGGUGGCUCAGCCCACAACUGCGGGCAGCUCAAGGUGGGGCACGUGAUCCUGGAAGUGAACGGGCUGACGCUUCGGGGCAAGGAGCACCGGGAGGCCGCGCGCAUCAUCGCGGAGGCCUUCAAGACCAAGGAGCGAGACUACAUCGACUUUCUGGUCACCGAGUUCAACGUGCUGCUCUAGGGGCCGAGGCCCGAGGGCCUCCCACCGCUGCCCAGCCCCUGGCCCUGGUCCCUCCUCCCUGCUGGCACUAUUGAACUCCUUCGGGGGCUGGAGCUGCACGGCCAGGGAAACAGGAAGACAUCCCCCCCCGCUCCACUCCGCACUGGCCCAUUGGACCAGAAUCGGGAGAAGAGAGCUGGGCGAGGCAAACAGAAGGUCAAGUCAGGGUCUGAUGCAAUGCCUGGUAUACAGUAGGCGCUCAAUACAAGCGUGAAACCUCAGGAUAGGGGAGAACGAAAGGGGAAGGGCGGAGCACCUGUGUCUUCACCUGAAGCCUCCCAGGGCCUGUAACUCUGAGUUGAGUGCUCCCUGGCCAGCUGGGACUUGGCCUAUCCCCAGAUGCUGGAGUCUUUGUCUGGAAUGAAGUCACAGAAUUCGUGGACACGGCCCCCAACCCGGGGGGCAUCUUGCGGGACCUUCAGUGCCACAAAUAAGCAUCGAGCACCCCCAUUCACACCCGUGUUACUCCUAGCUCCUCACCCCCCAUGAUAUUUAUUAUUUAUUUCCAUCCCACACCCCUGGGGAUCGCAAGACCCCAGCUUCCCACUGCACCCCCCAGCCUAUCCCAGAGGCCUUGCAGGUGACCAGAGACGUCAACGUAUUUAUAUACAGAGCUUAUGACUUUAAUUUUUCAAUAAAGAGAUCUGA